AUGAAAAUCACCAUGUUAUGUGUAUGUCUUAUUCUUCUACUUCUAGUAAAAAAGGAUUUGUAUUCUGUAGAGGCAUCGAAAAUACAAAUUGUACAUUCUCAAGUUAUUCCAAGAGCUCCAUAUGUGUCUGACAUUUCGCAUAAGGAUUCGCGAUCAAGCCCCGAAGAGCGACAUAAAGUCUCACCUCCAUCAGGCUUUAUGUCUUACACAUGGCAAGAGAAUUCAGUACCGAGCCUAGGUGCGGGUCACAAAGUCCUACCUUCAUCUGACUUUAUGUCAUACACGUCGCAAAAAAGAUCAGAACCAAGUCCAGGCGCUGGACACGAAAUCCCACCUCCAAGCUUUAUGUCAUACAUGUCACAAAAAAGAUCGGGACCGAGCCCAGGCGCAGGACAUGGAACUCCACCUCCAAGCUAUAUGUCAUUCAUAUCACAAAAAAGAUCAGGACCGAGUCCAGGCGCUGGACAUGAUUCCCCACCUCCAAGCUAUAUGUCAUACACGUCACAAAAAAGAUCAGGUUCGAGCCCAGGCGCUGGACAUGAUACCCCACCUCCAAGCUAUUUGUUAUAUACGUCACAAAAAAGAUCAGGACCGAGCCCAGGCGCUGGACAUGAAAUUCCACCUCUAAGCUUUAUGUCAUACACAUCACAAAAAAGAUCUGGACCGAGUCCAGACGCAGGACAUGAAAUCCCACCUCUGGCUUUUUUAUUUGACACACCACGAAAAAAUUCAGGACCUAGACCAGGCGAAGGUCACAAAGUCCCGCCUACACCUACCCAAAGCUAA